AUGAUGGCUUGCUCCGAUUCUUCAAGUGCAAAAGGGAAGUCUGUGAUAGAGGAUGUUGCUUCGAGGAAGCCUCGGAUUCUACUUGCUGCUUGUGGAAGUGUUUCGGCGAUAAAAUUUGGACUUCUUUGUAGAUGUUUUUCAAAAUGGGCAGUUGUAGCAGCAGUUGUCACAAUGCCAUCUCUACGUUUUAUUGAUAAAGAUUCAAUUCCCCAGGGAGUAAAUGUACUUUGUGAUGAACAUGAUUGGGAAUGUUGGAAAAGUAUAGGUGAUAGUGUGCUUCACAUUGAGCUUUGUAAAUGGGCUGAUAUCAUGGUCAUUGCUCCACUUUCAGCAAAUACUCUUGGCAAGAUUGUUGGAGGGUUGUCUGACAAUCUAUUGACAUGUAUAGUGCGAGCAUGGGACAACAAAAAGCAAAUGUUUGUUGCACCAGCCAUGAACCUUUUAAUGUGGAAUAACCCUUUAACAGAACAGCAAUGCAUGUCCAUUGAAGACCGAGGCAUUGCUCUCAUCCGACCAGUUAAUGGUGCAAUGGCUGAACCAGAACGCAUUAAUGCAACUGUAAGACACUUUUACCAUGAAAAGAUUCUGAAAAAGAAACCCGGUGAGAAUCCCUGGAUGAUGGCUUGCUCCACUUCUUCAAGUGCAAAAGGAAAGUCAGUGGUAGUGGAUGAUGUUGCUUCGAGGAAGCCUCGGAUUAUAGUUGCUGCUUGUGGAAGUGUUUCUUCGGCUGUAAAUUUUGGACUUGUUUGUAAACGUUUUUUAGAAUGGGCAACUGUAGCAGCAGUAGUCACAAGAUCAUCUCUACGUUUUAUUGAUAAAGACUCAAUUCCCCAGGGUUUAAAGGUGCUUAGUGAUGAACACGACUGGAAUUGUUGGAAAAAAAUAGGUGAUAGUCUGCUUCACAUUGAGCUUUGUAAAUGGGCUGAUAUCAUGGUCAUUGCUCCACUUUCAGCAAAUACUCUUGGCAUGAUUGCGGGAGGGUUGUGUGACAAUCUACUUACAUGUAUAGUGCGAGCAUGGGAUAGCAAAAAGCAAAUGUUUGUUGCACCAUCCAUGAACCUUUCAAUGUGGAAUAAUCCUUUAACAGAACAGCAUUGCGUGUCCAUUGAAGACCGUGGCAUUGCUCUCAUCCCACCUGUUAAUGGUGCAAUGGCUGAACCAGAACGCAUUAAUGCAAUUGUUAGAAGCUUUUACAGUGAAAAGAUUCUGAAAAAAGAAACCCUGUGA